UUCAGCUUGCUGGAGGCCCACAAGCCCUUGCAUGAUUUCCGUGACAUGACUGGCGCCGAGCCAACGGACCAAGUUGAUGAGGCGUGGACUGAAGAAGUGAGCAGCCCUGAGCAAACUGCCGAGAGCGUUGGCAAGGAUGGCGCCUUGCGUCAGGAGCUGGAGCAGCGCCAGGCGAUCAUCCGGCGUCAGCAGGGUGAGACUUUCCUGCUUGCGACGCAGGUGAAGCAGCUGGAGCAGCAAGUCACGGAAGCUAGCAGGGAUGCACAGGCAUGUUCUGCGCAGCUUGCCCAAGUCUUGCAGUUGAUGGACAGCACUGGUGGCCGAGUGCCGCUGAAGGGCGAGGUGGACCGAGCUCGCGCGCUGGUCACCGCCGCGCGACGUGCGAUCCGCCGUGUCGCAUGCUGGUCAGAGGGGGAGCCGCCUCACAGCAGUCGUGGGGAGCGGAGCUCUGUAACUGGAGCUCAGCAUGGCGUGCAGCAUGGGCACGCGCAGGCGAGUGCGGCGCCUCGGAGCAACGGUUACAGCCAGUCAGACAGGCGGCCAUCGCCCCUGGGGAGCAGACCUCGAUCACCGCGUGGCGAUCUUCCCGGGCGUGAUCGCGAUGGGCGUGAGGUGCCGGGGCUUGCUGCUUCCGCAGUUGCUGCUGUUGGUGAUGCUGCUGAUGGCAAACCUGCCGCCAAUGGCGUGUCUCCAGGAGCUGUGGGUAAGCCUGAGCGGCCAGCUGGCAGGUCGAAAGGCCCGAAGGAUGCGAAGGACGGGCCGAGGGGCCGGCGACCUCGGGAGCGCGCAAGCACGGGCGGACAAAGUGAUCCUGAAACACCAAGGGUGCCUGCGGUGGCAAGCGAAAGCACAGCCGCGGACUCCGUGCACGCCCUGAGCGCGCAGCUCGCGGAGGUGCAGCAGGCGUGCCUGCGGCAGCGGGAGCUACUCCUUCGAGCGGUGCGCAGAGGUGCGCAGCUGGAGGACUCGGUCAGUUCCAUGAAGGACGAGGUGACCCGGAAAGACGUCAUCAUCCACAACCUGCGGCAAGACAUGUCUGGCCAGCAGCAGGAGCUGAAACAGCAGCAGCUGCAGUUCGAGCAACACGUUCAGCAGAUCCAGCAGGCGCACCUGCAGCAGCUUCAGCAGCAGGCGUGUCAAAUUCAAGAACUUCAGCUUCUGCAGAUCCAGCAUUUGCAGAAGGCACAGAUACCCGAGGAGGCUGUUGAUGCGGCGCCCUCUCUUCCAAACGAGCCGUCUUUUGGUACGUGAAGGCAAGCGAUGCUCUUUGCGGCUAUCGGGUGAGACCGGCAAAGGGUCCCGGGACAUUUGGGACAAAUUUGAUGGCAACGACCUCCAGCAUUCCAUCAGCUCUUGCG